AUGAUCACAACGUUUCGAAGAAACGUUGUGAUUCCUUGCGCGGAGCGGCAAUUUUUUGAGUUGGCUCGAAGCAGGCUAGCGAAGCUGGCCGCGAGCCAACUCAAAAAAUUGCGGAAAAUUUGGCCAACGGAGCACAAACUUUUGGCCACCCCUGUGUUAGAUAUAAAUUUGUUUAGAAAUGAAAAAGAUCUUGAAAGAGUAAAAGAGAGUGAAAGGAAGAGAUUCAAAGACGUAAGUGUAGUAACUAGAGUAGCAGAAGUUGAUGCAGAACUAAUCAAAGCACAAUACGAAUACGAACAUCUCUGUAAGGAAAUUAACACCAGAAUCAAGAAUAUUGGAGUUGAAUUGAAGAAGAAACCAUCUGAUAAAGAGACUAUUCUGAAGAAAUACGAUACGACAGACCAGAAAGAGACAANAAUUUGGCCAACGGAGCACAAACUUUUGGCCACCCCUGUGUUAGAUAUAAAUUUGUUUAGAAAUGAAAAAGAUCUUGAAAGAGUAAAAGAGAGUGAAAGGAAGAGAUUCAAAGACGUAAGUGUAGUAACUAGAGUAGCAGAAGUUGAUGCAGAACUAAUCAAAGCACAAUACGAAUACGAACAUCUCUGUAAGGAAAUUAACACCAGAAUCAAGAAUAUUGGAGUUGAAUUGAAGAAGAAACCAUCUGAUAAAGAGACUAUUCUGAAGAAAUACGAUACGACAGACCAGAAAGAGACAAAGUUAGAAAUCAGUAGACGUAUUGAAUCACUAACAUCCGAAUUAUCUAUCAAACUCUCUUCAAUUGGUAACAUUCUUGAUGAAAACGUUCCAGUCUCUAAGACAGAAGAUGGCAACAAAACAGUGAGAGAAUAUCACAAUGAGAAUCUCCCAACUACACCAUUACCAUUUGCAGAGUUGAUGGCUCCAUUCACCAAUUCAGAAGCAGGAUCAGCCGUAUUUGGUCAUAGAGGAUAUUUCUUAAGUGGAAAAAUGGCACAACUUGCAACUGCCCUGAAAGUAUAUGCUGGUACAUUUUUACAUCGUCGAGGAUUCACUCCAAUUCAAACUCCUGUGAUGAUGAGAAAAGAAGCCAUGAGCAAAACAGCACAGUUGAGUGAUUUUGAUGAACAAUUGUACAACAUCACUGAUCAAGAACUAUAUUUAAUUGCUACAUCAGAACAACCAUUAACUGCUCUAUUCAUGAAUAGGCGACUUACAGAUGCUGAUCUUCCAAAAAUGUAUGCAGGUGAAUCACUCUGUUUCAGGAAGGAAGCUGGUGCUCAUGGGAAAUACAGUCAAGGGAUAUUCAGAGUUCAUCAAUUUGAGAAGAUUGAACAAUUUGUGAUUUGUAAGGCAGAAGAAUCAAAUGACUAUCAUGAGAAGAUGAUGCGUACAGCUGAAGAAUUCUACGAAUCACUUGAUAUUCCAUACAGAACUGUUCUGAUUGCAUCUGGUGAGAUGAAUGAUGCUGCAUCCAAGAAAUAUGAUUUAGAAGCAUGGUUUCCUAAUGCUCAAAAAUUCAUGGAAUUGGUUAGUGCUUCAAAUUGCACUGAUUAUCAAUCAAGGAAUCUUAACGUAUACUAUGGAUACGCAGCUAAGAAAGGACAGAAACCUGAAUACGUCCAUAUGUUGAAUGCAACUCUUUGUGCAGUACAAAGGACACUUUGUUGUAUUGUUGAGAACUAUCAAACUGAGGAUGGAAGAAUAAGAGUACCAGAUGUGCUGNUCACUCUGUUUCAGGAAGGAAGCUGGUGCUCAUGGGAAAUACAGUCAAGGGAUAUUCAGAGUUCAUCAAUUUGA